AUGUCCGGCCUCGACAGCUCUCAGCGCGAUACCAUGACCCCGUGGCAAAAGUGGAAUCGCCAGUUCGAGCCCAGUUGUCCAGACCCAUGGAUUUCCAGAAAGCUGGCCGUCAUCAUUGUCCUUUGCCUCGCUGUGUGGGACUUCUACGUCGUGGUAGGCAGACUCUGUGUACCUGCAAUUCAGAAAAAGCCCGGAGCGACGUACGAGCGAGGGGCUGGUGGUGAGCAUCUGUCGUGUGAUGUCGAGCGCGCGCUGAUGGUAGUGGGCAUUCUCGUCGUAUUCAUUGUCCUCUGGACCAUGUUCAUGUGGUCGUACAGUGCUGUCAUCACAGUGCCUCCCGGCUUGGCGAAAGAUUUCGUUGCAACCUCUAGCAACCCGUACGAGCAGUAUGGUGAAGCCAACACCGAGAGCGGAACCCGUCGAAGCUCUGACGUUGUCCUGUAUGGGGGGCAGCCAGAUCCUCAAGGGGCUGGAUCAUUGGACGUGUCCAACCCAUCCGAGGCAGGGACGGCGAUUCCCGAGACUACGUUUGAGGAGAAACGAGAUGAACUUGCAACAGCAGCAGGCUCACCACCACCCAUUCCCCCUCCAACGCGUGCUCCUGACACUUCCAACACCUCCCCGCACGCCGCCUCGUUGACGCUUGCCGAACGUCCCGCGCGAUACGUGCCCAGACCCGUCCCCAAUGCCACUCUGGGCCCCCGUUGGUGCUACCACUGCCACAUUGUCAAACCUGACCGCACUCACCACUGUCGCCACUGUGGUACCUGCAUUCUGCAGUUUGACCGUGAGUCUUGCCACCCCUCUCUGUCUGUCGCGCACCCUUACACUUCAGACCACUGUGUGUGGAUCGGCCAGUGCGUGGGCUGGCGCAACCAUGCGAUUUUCAUCACAUUCACUCUCUGGGCUGGGCUAUUCUGCGCCUUCAACGUCAUAGUCUUCAUCAUCGACGCCGCCAGCUCAGCCAAAGUUGAUCCUCAGAAGGUUAUUUUGAUCGUGAUCUCUGGAUUUCUGGGCCUUUUCACCUGGGCAAUGUUGCCGACCCACAUCGCCCUCGUCAUGAGUGGCAAGUCAACAAACGAAUCCUUCCAGGCAGACGCGCAAAAGCAAAUCGAAACCAUCACUCUGCGUCGCGAAUUCCCUUCGUGCUGGUCUUUCCGGGACAUGAACAAGAUGCAGCGCCAGUGGAACGCCGACUUUGGCGGUGUAGCUGUCAACGAUCGUUGGGCGUUUGGGAGGAAGAGAGACAUGUGGAGGCAGGAGAUGGGUCGCAACAUUGCGGGAUGGGUCUUGCCGAUCGGCCGUCCACUCGGCGAUGGUCUCCACUUUCAUCAGAAUCCUCGAUUUGGUCCCAACGGCGAGUGGCUGAGGAUGCAAGACUGGCCAAAAGUGGUAUCCAUAUGA